AUGUAUGCUCCACCUCGUUUGUACAGCCUCGACUCUGUCCCUAGUCUCAGUAUCACCUCAAACCGGACUCGAAGACAGGAGGUGUGGGUUCAGAGGCGGGCACAAGCCCCUUCGAGUUCAAUGAACCCGGCCUUCGCCAUUGGAUAUCUCGAGUUGCGUGGCUUGACAAUAUUCCCAAGGCAUAUGGACGCAAUGCCUGUUCUCCCACAAGGACGCCCAGCUGAUACAUCUCAACUUGGUUGUGCUCUCGAAGAGACCCUUUACCCGGCCAACCAUCGGGUGCUUGAAAAAAGCACUAAAACGCUG